UAUUACAGCCUCCCGCUGUAUAAGCUUACGACUUCCGGUCUAUUAGACACGUCACAUAGCGUCCAUGGCAACCUGUGUUGCUGCACCCGGCAACUCUUCUGAGUUUGAUUGCAAAGCCCGGCAUCCAUAGCAACCAAUGUAUCAUCCAAUGCUUGUCCGUUGUUCUGCACAUGCUCACUUCCAAAAUCGGCAUACUUGAAGAGAUGACUUCGCUCAUCUAUAUGGCUGUUGUCCUUGGCAACCAAGUCCUGUCACAUUAUUCAGACUCGUGGUACCGUGGCGGCGUCUUCCUCCGGCUCCUCUCUGCUCCGGUGCGUGGCGCCAUCUUGUCGAAGACCGGAAGUUGCCGGAGGUGCAGCGCUGAUUGUGUUCCCCUUCCGGCAAAGACGCCAUUUUGCCGGAGACCUGAUGGGGAUAGGAGCGCCGGAGUGAAGUCGGCUUUCCCGUGCUGCAAAUUCUAUAAAGAAUGUAGUUUGGGUAGUUAGAUGGCUACAGCGGCAGGAUGGGAUUCCAAAAAUAGGAAUUAAGAAGGUGGAGGAAGAGGGAAGCGAUCGGCGAAUGGUGAGAUGACUGCAGGAAUGAAUCAGUUAAGUUUUCCAUAACAGAACUCCGAUGACAUGCCCCGUUUGCUGUAGACCACACAAGAGUCUCUCUACACAUCUGAAAAGAAAGUGUAUGAGGCUAAACUCCGAGGGGGCCAGGAAAGCUGCAUUAGAGUCGGCCAAGAAAACCCUGGUCAGCAUAGCAUCGAAGGGCACUACCAUUUCUUAUGAGGAGAUCAUGUCUCUGGGAUCUCUGGAAAAUGUUGUACCCUUUCUAGAGGACAGGGGCUUUAUUAUACCAGACAAGCCAACUUCAAACAGGAAUAUCAGACACAAGAGAACAUCUACCUCUGUGUCUGCUGCCACCUCCACAUUGCAAGCAGCAGCCUCUCAAGUACAGCCACUUCACAUGGAAGACGAUGGGGACACAUUACAAACUCAAGAAGAUUUGGAGGUCGCACAUGGCAAUGUGAAGCCUGAAGAAAAAAUUGAGGAUAUGUCAGCCAAGACCAAGAACAAUUAUAUAGAAGAGACAGCCAUCCAUCCAGAAAGAGACCAUAAAGUGACCCCCCAUGGAAGUCCUGUCAUGGAGUCUGUACCCAAAAUCCAUAAUAGAACUCCGAUGACAUGCCCUGUCUGCUAUAGACCACACAAGGUUCUUUCUACACAUCUGAAAAGAAAGUGUAUGAGGCUAAACUCCGAGGGGGCCAGGAAAGCUGCAUUAGAGUCGGCCAAGAAAACCCUGGUCAGCAUAGCAUCGAAGGGCACUACCAUUUCUUAUGAGGAGAUCAUGUCUCUGGGAUCUCUGGAAAAUGUUGUACCCUUUCUAGAGGACAGGGGCUUUAUUAUACCAGACAAGCCAACUUCAAACAGGAAUAUCAGACACAAGAGAACAUCUACCUUUGUGUCUGCUGCCACCUCCACAUUGCAAGUAGCAGCCUCUCAAGUACAGACACUUCACAGGGAAGAUGAUGGGGACACAUUGCAAACUCAAGAUGAUUUGGAGGUCAAACAUGGCAAUGUGGAGAAUAAAGAAGAAAUUGAGGAUAUGUCAGCUGAGACCAAGGACAAUUAUAUAGAAGAGACAGACAGCCAUCCAGAAAGAGACCAUAAAGUGACCCCCCAUGGAAGUCCUGUCAUGGAGUCUGUACCCAAAAUACGCAGCAUAUUAAUCCAUCAUAGUUUGUCCAUCUGCAAUUCCCUCCUUGAUGUCACUUCGGCAAGGUGUUCGUUAUUGUCUUUAAACAGCCAUAACAGAACUCCGAUGACAUGCCCUGUCUGCUAUAGACCUCACAAGGUUCUUUCUACACAUCUGAAAAGAAAGUGUAUGAGGCUAAACUCCGAGGAGGCCAGGAAAGCUACAUUAGAGUCGGCCAAGAAAACCCUGGUCAACAUAGCAUCGAAGGGCACUACCAUUUCUUAUGAGGAGAUCAUGUCUCUGGGAUCUCUGGAAAAUGUUGUACCCUUUCUAGAGGACAGGGGCUUUAUUAUACCAGACAAGCCAACUUCAAACAGGAAUAUCAGACACAAGAGAACAUCUACCUCUGUGUCUGCUGCCACCUCCACAUUGCAAGUAGCAGCCUCUCAAGUACAGCCACUUUGCAUGGAAGAUGAUGGAGACACAUUGCAAACUCAAGAUGAUUUGAAGGUCGCACAUGGCAAUGUGGAGAAUAAAGAAGAAAUUAAGGAUGUGUCAGCCGAGACCGAUGACAAGAGACAGCAAUCCAGAAGACGACGAUGAAGUGACCUCCAUGGAAGUCCUGUCCAGCAGCCACCUUUUUUUGAUAAGAAGACCAAUUUUUGGGGGGUUUGCAGAGGAGGCCUAUGGCUACAAGAGGAGCCGUGAAGAUUUGUUACUGGGAACUUCCCUUGAGGAAUGGGAUCGGGUCGAAAUCUGAAAAGCUGGGAUACACAUUUACUGUGUAGAUUUAAAUAAAGUGACCCACUAUGGAAGUCUUGUCAAGCAGCCCCCUUUGUGGAUAGAUAUACCAAACUUUUUGAGUUUGUAGAGGAGGUCUAGGGCAAGACAAGGAGCUCCCAAGCUUGUUUGUUUGUGGGAACUUCCCUCAAGGAAUGGGAUCAGGUCAAAAUGUGAAAAGCUGGGAUACACAUUUAUUGUGUAGAAUUACAUAAAGUGACCCCCCCCCCCCCCCCCCCAUGGAAGUCCUGUCCAGUCCUCUUUGGGGGAGACCAUACUUUCAGGGGAGGAGGUCUAGAGCUACAGGAUGAGCCCUCAAGCUUGUUUCUGGGAACUUUCCUUGAGGAAUGGGAUCGGGUCAAAAUCUGAAAAGCUGCCAUGCACAUUUUCUGUGUAGAUUUCCAUAAAGUGACCCCCAUGGAAAUCCUGUCCAGCAGCACCCUUUGGGCAUAGGAAGAACAAAUUUUUAUUGUUUGUACAGUAAGUCUAUGGCUACAAGAGGAGCCCUCAAGCUUGUUUGUGGGAAAUUCCCUCGAGGAAUAGGAUUGGGUCAAAUUCUGAAAAGCUGGGAUACACAUCUGGGACUCCCAGACGAAGGUGACGUACCGAAACGUACGUUAGAGUGGUGCUAUCCCGGUGUCUGCCCACUUGCUGCUCUUAUCUGGUAAUAUUCUCAUGUUUUUUUUGUAUCUGGCAUUUGUUCUUAUCACUGUAUGUCUAUGCACAUGUCUUCUGUAGCACCUUUUUACCUCAUUGUGAGGUGUGUUGCCAUUGCUGCUAUGAAUAUAUAGGUGCAAUACAUAUAUUAUACAUUGUGUAUGUUUACAUAUUGGAACCUGACUAUUGUCUUCGGUUGCCUCUAGAUACAAUCCAUAUGUUAUCUACAUAGUUAAGGAACUCAUACCCAUUUUAGUGGGCAGAACUGGUGAUAUCACCUUUAUUUGCUGUAUUCCUCUUUUAAAAAAAUGUUUUUUACUUCACUUGUAUUGUUGCUGUCAUUUCAAUAAAAUUUGUGUCCAUUGGACACUGUACUUGUUUGCAUAAGUGACUCCGUUGGUUCUUCCUUGUUUUGCAUUUAGUUUUGGAGUUCACAAUAUAAUGGCCCAUAUACUUAUCCUGGGGGUACAUUUCUACAUAGAUAUAUAAAUCUACCCAGUUGUCUUUACCCCAGUGUGGUGUCCUUAUAUAUUUAUCUGUGUAGGUUUCCAUAAAGUGACUCCCCAUGGAAGUCCUGUCCAACAGUCCCCUUUGGGGAUAG